AUGGGGGCCUGGUCCCCCUGGUGCCCACCCUGCUGGGCUCCCUCACCACCAGCCUCCUGCCCACAGUGCAACCAGUUCUUCGACCUCCUGCAAGACCUGGUGGACCACGUCAACGAUUUCCACGUCAAACCCGAGAAGGACGCGGGGUACUGCUGCCACUGGGAGGGCUGUGCCCGCCAUGGCAGGGGCUUCAAUGCCAGGUACAAGAUGCUGAUCCACAUCCGGACGCACACCAAUGAGAAGCCGCAUCGCUGCCCCACCUGCAACAAGAGCUUCUCCCGCCUGGAGAACCUGAAAAUCCACAACCGCUCACACACAGGUGAGAAGCCCUACAUCUGCCCCUACGAAGGCUGCAACAAGCGAUACUCCAACUCCAGCGACCGCUUCAAGCACACCCGCACCCACUACGUGGAGAAGCCCUACUCCUGCAAGAUGCCGGGCUGCCACAAGCGCUACACCGACCCCAGCUCCCUCCGCAAGCACAUCAAAGCCCACGGGCAUUUUGUGUCCCCCGAGCACCCGGAGAUGCUCAAGGUCCACCCGCCUCCCAAAACGCCCCUGGGCUCGGCGGAGGUGCCCUACGUUAACGGGGCGCAGCUCGUCAUCCCCAACCCCGCCGCCCUCUUCGCUCCGCCGGGGCUGCCGGCGCUGCCCAUCCCUUUGGCACCGGCACCGCUCGACCUCAGCGCCCUGGGCUGCGGGGCUGCGGCCGCCCUGCCCGCCCUGCCCGGCCCCGUCCUGCCCCUCAACGGCGGCCCCUUGAACUUGGCCAAGAGC